CAUUCACAUCUAUAUCUCUCCUUUACAGCUCAACUGAGGGAUUUGGCGUGGCAGAGAAGAUUACGCUGCUCACUUUUAUUUCAGCAGUUAUUCUUAUGGCUAUCCUGGGGAAUCUGCUGGUGAUGGUUGCUGUAUGCAGGGACAGGCAACUGAGGAAAAUCAAGACCAAUUAUUUCAUAGUCUCUCUCGCCUUUGCUGACUUGCUAGUAUCUGUUUUGGUGAUGCCGUUUGGAGCUAUUGAGCUGGUUCAGGAUAACUGGGUUUAUGGAAGGAUGUUCUGUUUGGUUCGUACCUCCCUCGACGUCCUCCUCACUACUGCAUCAAUUCUUCAUCUGUGCUGUAUCUCAUUAGACAGGUACUAUGCUAUCUGCUGCCAGCCAUUGGUUUACAGGAAUAAGAUGACUCCACUACGCAUUGCUUUAAUGCUGGGUGGCUGCUGGGUAAUCCCAAUGUUUAUUUCUUUUCUCCCUAUAAUGCAAGGCUGGAAUAGCAUUGGCAUCAUGGACCUGAUAGAGAAAAGGCAGUUCAACAAUGUGUCCAACUCAACUUACUGCAUAUUUAUGGUCAACAAGCCGUAUGCCAUCACCUGCUCAGUUGUAGCGUUCUACAUUCCAUUUCUGCUAAUGGUUCUAGCCUACUACCGAAUAUAUGUUACAGCUAGGGAGCAUGCUCACCAGAUACGAAUCCUACAGCGUGCAGGGGCACCAACUGAUGGGCGGCCCCACCAUCCAGAUCAGCAUAGCACACACCGUAUGAAGACUGAGACUAAAGCUGCAAAGACCCUCUGUAUCAUCAUGGGUUGUUUCUGCUUAUGCUGGGCACCUUUCUUUAUCACAAACAUAAUAGACCCUUUCAUACAUUAUGCAGUUCCUGGUCAGAUAUGGACUGCUUUCUUGUGGCUGGGAUACAUCAAUUCAGGACUGAAUCCCUUCCUUUAUGCAUUCUUGAACAAGUCUUUCAGACGUGCCUUCCUCAUCAUCUUGUGUUGUGGUGAUGAACGGUAUCGAAGGCCUUCCAUCUUGGAACAAACUGUACCUUGUUCUACAACUACUAUCAAUGGAUCAACUCAUGUAUUGAGGUGAGUUCAAGACUGUAUCUACUUUGAUGGAAGCU